AUGCCAUCCCAAUUACAAAUCAAAACUAAUGCCUUAAAGAGGUUAAUAAAGGAGGAGAAGCUUUACAAACAAGAAGUGGUUGAGCAAGAGCAAUAUGUGGAACAGAUGAAGAAGAAUCAAGCGGAUCAAUAUGAAAUCAAGAAACAAAUUGAGGUCCUUCACGAAAGCCAAAGAAUGGUACCACAAGUGAGCGAAAAGAUUGCAUCGAUGAAGGAGUCGUUGAGGGAGUUUUUAAAUGAAUAUACUGGAGAGGAGGAUGUAUCAGAGGCAAAGGGCCUACUCUAG